ACUGUUUCCCUGUAGAACACUUUUUCCCUGUAGAGCACUGUUUCCCUGUAGAGCACUGUUUGCCCUUUUAGAUUCACUGUUGAGCUUCCCAGCAUUCGACCGGGGACCCCCCGGUUCCAGCCUCACCAUUCCGACGAGGCUGAUUUGGAGGUACGUGGCGGUCGCAGCCCGGCUCGGCAGGUCGCUUGGCAACAGCGCAUGUGUCGAACCUGUCUGGCAGGAUCCUGGUGGGUCCCCGGUUGGGCAAGCGAACAACGCCCAGGGGAGGGCGCUGACCUGCUGCAGGAGCUGGUGGCGCUGGGGGGCGGGGCAGGGGGGGAGAGAGGGGGGGCAUUCAGAGCAUGUGGGGAGGGGAGUGUGGAGGGAGGGGAAGCAGAUGAGGGGAGGAGCAAGGGCGAGGGUGGUGCGGGUGGUGAGCGGGGAGACUCGAGUAGCGGCCGCACAGGCGGUGGGGCGCCACAAAUGCAGGCAGGGGCGGGGGCCGGGCUGGUGGGGAAGGCUAUGGGGAGGGGGGAGGGGAAAGGGGGGCAGGAGGGGGCGGGCAGUGGGCACGGGUUGGAGCGGGUGUGGGUGGUUGUGCUGAGCUCGGGGGGGCACUUCUCAGCGGCCGUGCUGGACGCCGCUGCUGAGGGCGCCGUGCUGGCGCACCGCUCCUUCCACCGGUACGUGGUGCGCGCCAAGGCGGGCGGGCGGCAGGCCACGAGGGACGGCACGGGCAGGGCGCCGCAGUCAGCGGGGGCCAGCCUGAGGCGCUACAACGAGUCGGCGCUUGUCAAGGACAUCCGUGCGUUGCUGCAGCAGUGGCAGCCGUACCUGCAUCGAGCGCAAUUCAUAUUCGUGCAUGCGCCAUCAGCCAACCGCGCCGCCCUCUUCGGCACGGCAGCAGAGGCCCACGCCUCCCAGGGAGCGGCAGGGGCGCCCGUGCUGCUGAGCGCCCGGGACCCGCGUGUGCGACGCGUGCCCUUCCCCGUGCGGCGGCCCACGUUCAAGGAGGCGCUCAGGGUGGCGCGCACUCUGGCGCACGUGCAGGUGGUGGGCGUGCGGCGGGCGGGCGGAGAGGGUCACCAUGCCACGACGGCGGCAGGGGCAGUGGGCGGAGAGGAGGGGGCAGAGGGCAGAGAGGCACAGCAGGAGAGGAGUAUUGUGGAGGGACGGGCGGAAUCAAGUGGGGGGGAGGGGGGCAACGGAGAAGUGGAGGCGAGGGGAGAGGGCAGUGGAGGGGAAAUUGAGGAGGAGGGGGGAAGUGGGGGAGGGCGAGGGUCGGGUAAAACUGAACUACAUGUGGCCGCUGCUGCAGGCAACCACGCCGAGGUCACGCGUCUGCUGCAGGAGGGCUGUGACCCCACGGCUCGGGACGGCAGGGGGCGCGUGCCGUACGUGGUGGCAGCGAACCGCGCCACUCGGGACGCGUUCCGGCGGUUCAUGGCGGGGCGCGAGGCGCAGUGGGACUGGCACGCCGCCCAGGUUCCCAGCGCACUCACCGAGGAGCUGCAGGCCAGCCAGGCCGCCCGCCAGGCGGAGAAGGAUGCGAAAAAGAAGGCAAAGGAGAAGGAGAGGAGACAGAGGAAGAAGCAGGAGGAGAGGGAGCGCAAGCAGCAAGCCCUCCUCCAGUCCGCACAUGCUGCCCCGUCCCCUUCGCCCGCGUCGCCAGCAGACCAGCUGCACGCCAUGACCGAGCUGCGGGCGAGGGAGAGGGAGGUGAGGGCAGCGGCGGCGGAGAGGAGGCUGCAGCAGCUGUGCCUCUCGAGCGCGCCUGGCGCCACCGUGGAGGCCGCCGCUCCCUCUGCCACACAUGCUGGUGGCAGUGGGUGUGAUGGCUGUGGUGUGUCGCUGGCAGGGAAGACCCCUUUCUUUCGGCUGACCUACAAGUACUGCAGCACAGCAUGUGUGCGCGCACACAAGACAGUCCUUGACAGCCUGUAGCUUUUCCUGUGCUCGCCUGCGGGCGACAAAGCAGUUCCGGAAGUCGCCUGCACGGCUGGCUACACAUUCGUCGCGAAUUGUGUUGAGGACACUUGUCAAUACACUAGACAAUGUGCU